GGAAGAGGAAAAAACUUGCGCACUUGCCUCAACCACCUGAAGUCAGUUAAAGCUCUUGAGAAAACGAAAGUGAUAUUUCAGAACACCUAAGCCUAAGUGACUAUGGCUGACCUUCCGCCUGGUUACUAUAGAACGGAGUUAAAUAGAACCGUUUGGGAAGUUCCUGAGAAGUAUCAAGACCUGAGUCCAAUUGGAACCGGCGCGUAUGGACAAGUUUGGUGAGUACAGAGUGUUAAAAUGCAGAGAGGAGUUUGCCUCGAUGGUACAUAAAAUAUUUGAUUUGAGGUUUGUACCCUGAUUUGAUGACUGAUCUUGGGAUGAUGCGAUUUUCAAACUGAGAGGCUUCAUCGAUGUUCGCACCCUUCGUGAAAAGGACCAGAGGCGUUCGAAAACUACAAACAUACUCGAUGUAGUUUGUUUAAUUCGUCACCUACUAUAAAUAUGCUUACUUAUCACAAUGUUCAGCGCGGCAAAGUUUCCACAUUACCCCAUGCUUCGUCAUGGAUAAUAAUAUUUGCAAUCAGGAAGCAAAAGUAAAAACAAUGGAUUACCUUUGAGAUUAAUGCUUUGUUUUUGAAAAGUAUGACUUUGUGCAGAAAUCUUUCCUUUAACUCUUGCCUUAACCUGCCAAAACACUGUUUAGGGCGAAAUUGGGGAAAAUUUCCGCACAGCACCAUACUAUAUUAUGCAUUCAGUUCUUGGAUAGAGAAAGAACGACAAAAGCAAUACAUUGCCAUUGGGAAAACAGAUUUGUUUAACAAUAGUAUGGGGCUGUGCGUAAAUUUUACCCAAAAUUUUCACGUAGGCUGGCUUCUAAUCUUAGUUAUAUGGUGAAAUAUCUGUAAUGAAUUCAAACUCACAGCUAGGUUAUACAUUUUAAUCAGUGGAGAGAUAAAACUUGAACAGUACAUUUAAUUUAAAUGCAAAUAAUCAAUCAAUUUGUAAAUUCAUCAUUAAUUAGGUUUAAUUGUGUUUGAAAUAUGAACACAUGGAAUGUUAUGUUAGGCAAGUUGUAUCAAAAUGUUGUUUUUCACUUGUGUUAUGCUGUUCAGAUCGAGUCAAAUAAACACCACAAAUUAUGAUAUUUCAAACAGAUCAUGAUUAUUUAAGCUGUUAUACUAAAUACAUCUGUUUAGCGUGCACAUCUGGCUUGAUAACCAGCACCUUUUUGGGAAAAAGAAACCCACAUUCUCUCCCUUUCUUGGAAGGGACAGAAUGUAGAGAACAAAACAGGAGAAUCCUAUUCUAGAUGCACCUCUGAACUUACAGAAUAGGAUAGUCCGAGUUUGUAUGUACUUACAAUAUCUUUAAAAAAUCCACAGCUCUGCUACAAACACCACUAAUGGAGAACAAGUGGCAAUCAAGAAACUCUCAAGACCUUUCCAAACCACAAUGCAUGCAAAGAGAUCCUUCAGGGAACUGAAACUUCUUCGCCAUAUGGAUCAUGAAAAUGUAGGUUUAUUGUGUAGAGUUUAUGUAGUUGUGACUGAAAUAUGUUUGAAAAUGAUUCCCUCAGGUCAACUGCUAUAAACCCUUUUACUCCCAAGAUCUCAUUAGUAAUUCUCCUUACUUUCUGCCAUACAGUUCUUAAGAUGCUGGUUUGGAGAAUUUGGUUAUAAUAAUCCCAUAAUUUAAAUUUUUUCUUUAUUCUCAUCACUUGUCUGCUUGAUAUUGUAUUGAUAUUGUAUGGAGAAAUUCUGUUAUGAAGAAAUUCUGGUUUGGUCAUUCACAGGGAGUUUAAGUACUAAUCCCCUAACUGAUAUUUUUUUUUAUUCUUAUCACUUGCCCACUUGAUAUUGUAUUGAUAUUGUAAAGAGAAAUUCUGUCUUGGUCACUCAUGGGAGUUAAAGGGUUAAGUUAGGUGCCAUUGCAGACUGAGCUAAGAAGCCACAUGUUGGUGCCAAGGUAAAAUUUUGAGGGUUGUUCAUUCUCCUAAUGGCAUCUGAUCACAAUGACAUGAAAAAAAUUAUAUUUUGACCUGUGAAUGAUAUGCAGUUAAAAACAUGAUUCAUGCAGAUGAGCUACAAUGAAAAUGAUUCCGUAGAAAAAAGGAUAUUUGCAAGUCAAAAUUUGAGUUAUUUUAUAUUUAAUCAUGAUGUUGGUGUCCAAUGUUAACUAACAUUUGUCAUCAAUUUUUGUUAUUUUUUGAAAUGACUUUUUUCCUAUUUUGUUUUCACUCUUGUACUUGAAUCUUUAUUUUUACAACAAUACCACAGGGUGACACCAAUAUUUUAUAGGACAGAUUUUAGUCUAUUUCUUUCAACAUUUUAAUUAAAUUGCUGUUUUAUAUUUUUUCCCUAAGGUUAUUGGUUUGUUUGAUGUUUUUACUCCUAAUACUUCAUUUGGGGAUUUUCAAGAUGUGUAAGUUAAACAAUAUUUAUUCAAAGAGAAAUAUAAUCGUUUGUUUCACAGUGUGGUCACUUUGGAUGUGGGUUGCAACAUUUGGACUGGAUGCUGCCAGUCUUCUUCACACUAAGAGUCACCUGAAGAAGACUAGCAGUAUACAGUCAAAAUGUCAUAUUGUGAGACAAACAAUUAUAUUUUUCUUUUGAAGUAUAAUUUACCACAGUGAUUAACCUAUUUUAUGACUUAAAAAUUAUUUGACAGUUACCUAGGCAUAUUUAUAAUUUAUGGAGUAUGUUCUCUAUAAUUAACCAUUUAACUCCCAGAAGUGAUUAACAUAAAUCUUCUUCCCACAAUAACCAUACAUUAUUCAGCAAACAGGUAAUGAGAAUAUUCAAACUUAUCAGGUAGAAGCUGCUAUCUUGAUCUAGCACCAAGUUCUCAUAACUAAUUUACAAGGAAAUGUGUAGCAGCUACAGGGGAGAAUUAACAAUCAGAUCUUGGGAGUUAAAGGGUUAAGACACCUCCUUUGUCUGCCAUACAUUUUCUCAUCAUUUUAUCUCAGUCUGUGAAUGUGGUGCUUAAUCAAACUCUGCUUUCUUUUCAUCAUCUUACUGAAAGUUCAUUGAAUUUGUCAAUGUUAACUCUUCAACCCUCUGAAGUGAUUAACAUGUAACUCACAUUAUCCAGCAGAUAGGUAAUAAGAAAAUUCAACCUCAUCAGGCAGGAGUUGUUAUCUCGAUUUUAACAAUUUUAACAUCAAACUAUUGACUCUAAUUUACAAGGAAAUGAGGAGCAACUAUACAUUUAGGCAGAAUUGACUUGCAGAUCCUGAGAGUUAGGAAAAAUUUAUUUCUGGCAACUCCUAGGAGUGAGGGGGUUUCAUGAACACCAAAAUUAGUCCUUGUCAUGCAAAAAGACAAUUGUGUAUAAUGGUCUUUGGAAUUUUAAGACCACCUGAGAAAGGCUUUUCUAGAUUUCAUAUUAACUUUCUGCUUUUUCCUUCUAACCAAUAGAUAUAUGGUAACUGCUCUGAUGGGAGCUGAUCUGAACAGCAUUCUUAAGUGUCAGAAACUCACCGAUGAACAUGUUCAGUUUCUUGUUUAUCAGAUACUGAGAGGGCUUAAGGUAGGGACAACUAAGUGCUAAACAUAAUUUCUUCUUUAGCAAUCUCCAUGAUUUGAUGUGCAAUUAAUUCGCUUGAAGAAAGACAUCCAUUUUGAAUUGUCGCACCCCAUUUGGUAUAUGAUUAGAUCAAGCAAAAACAAAAUAAUUUUUGCUAAAUAGCACAUUUCAUAACCUUUCCAUUGAUGUAUAUAAUUUAUGGUGGUUAAGCUUCUAAUGGCGUGCAUCACCUAUACUCAUUCAUACCAAAUCAACCUCAUUGUCUGAAGAAGGCUUGCAGUAUGCAGUCAAAAUGUUGCAAUCCACAUCCAAAGUGACCUCAUUGUGAGACAAUGAUUACAUUUCUCUUUUGAAAGUGUUAUUUACCAUGAUGACUAACUUAAACUUAUUUGAUGAUGUAAAGCAUGGCUUGUUUUGUGAAAAAAAAAAAUGCCAUUCAUGGAGGGUGUGGGGCAUGCUCUCGCCUGUUGCCACAGAACUUGAAUGAAUUCUUACUGAAAGCAUGUUGAGAAAUCUGAUGAGGUGUCAUUAAUGGUUCUAAUUUUCUUUUCAGUACGUCCAUUCAGCAGGAGUCAUUCACAGGGUAGGUUUUUUUUUUUAGAUAACUUAAUUAGUAUAUCAGCCAGUUAAGUGUCAAACCAAGCUGUAUUGCACAAUGAGAGAGAGGACUUCAAAUGAGUGCAUUGUGUGUAUGUUUCUUUACUCACAAAUUUUUUAUUGGAUUUGUAGGAUCUGAAGCCCAGUAAUAUAGCUGUUAACGAGGAUUGUGAACUCAGGGUAAAACCACUUUAAGGUGUUUUUGUUUAAUUUAAUGUAUAGUGUAUUUUUCAUUGCAAAUCAUAAAGGAUGUCUUUUUUAGUGAAUAAAAGGGAUAACUUUCUAAAGGAACUAUGUUGUGGCAUCAGUGGGAGGUAUCACAAGAUACAUGUAGUUUAUUUUUAUCAUCUGAUUUGAUAAGAAAUAUUCAUUUCUAUGCAAAUGGAAAGCUAAAUUAUCACUUCUCAAGGGUACAAACACUAAAAGAAAAAAAAAAGGACAAGUUGGUUUUAUCACCUGAGUUUAGAAUUCAGAUUGGCCUCUACAAAGAUUCUCUAGAGCUAACUUUUCAAGCAUGAGCCCUUUGUCAUUCACUCUGACAAAGGGCUAAUGCUCAAAAUAUCAGCUAUAGAAACUCUUUUCUGUGGCCAAUUUGCAUCAUUGACUUAGUUGAUAAAACCAACCUUUUUUUUUUUUUUUUGAAGGGGUCAUUUAAUUUUAUUUUGCAAUUCACUUAAAUCAGUUACAAUACUGUAACAAAAUGGACAUUACUUAUGAGAAAAAAAAAUAAAAAGCAUUGAACUACAUAGCUUUUAAUUUUGACAUACUAAACCAAUUUUAAAUAGAGAGGAAAAUGAGACAAUUUACCAAACUAUAUUUGUUGUUGUUUUUUUUUUUUAAUGUUUGUACCUCUUUGGGAGUGAUCAGUUAGCUUUCUGUUUGCUUAGAGGUGCAUUUCUUUACAGUAACUGUGAUCUGCCAAUUUUUUUAGAUAGAAAAAACAGUUUAAGGCUUGUUGGAACAUGCUCUCGACCAAUUACUUUUUUUUUUUUCUUUUCUAAGAUUCUUGACUUUGGUUUGGCAAGAAUGGCAGAGGAGGAAAUGACAGGUUAUGUAGCAACAAGAUGGUACAGAGCACCAGAAAUCAUGCUCAACUGGAUGCAUUAUAAUCAAACAGGUUUGUGUCUAGCUUGGAGUUUUAAUGAUUCUCUUUUUACCCUUUCAUUACCAAGAUCUCAUUAAUAAUUCUCCUUACUGUCUGCCAUACAAUUUUUAUGAUGUUAAUUCAGAGAAUUUGGCAUUGGAUCAACUAAAAAUCCCUGCACUAACAUUUUUCUUCAUUCUCAUGACUGAACAAGAAUUUGUCUAGCAGCUAGAAGGGAGAAUCAAAAAUUAGAUCGUAGGAUUUAAAGGGUUAAGAGGGAUGCUUGUUUGACGUUAUGACCUCUGAGGCAAAGGCUUACUCUGACGAGGGUGCUUAUUAGAUUGUGGGCUCUUACUAGGGGGAAUAUGGUAUUCAGACUUAUUUCAGUAUUUAAAUGAAGGGUGUUUUCCUCCUUUGCAGUUGAUAUUUGGUCUGUUGGUUGCAUCAUGGCUGAGCUUCUGACGGGUAAAACAUUGUUUCCUGGGAAUGAUCAUAUCCUUUUAAUUACUUUUCAUUUUUACAUAAUAAAAAAUUCAUCUUGUUUCACUUGUAGUACUUGAAAAGGAAACAAAAGAUUAAUGAACAAGUUCCUCCUAAAUUUUUCUCUUUGUCUUCUCGUUUCUUGCAAACCAGUAAUUAUUUAUGUAUUGUUACAUAAGUAACUUGCUUAGCCUUAACUGUUAAAAAAUAUUGAUCAGUUGACACGAAUUAUGCAACUUGUUGGGAAACCUGGUGAUGAUUUCCUAGGGAAAAUCAGCAGUGAAUCAGUAAGUGUAGUUGAUUUGAUCCAAGGAUUAUGGUCAGUCAGCUAGUUCAACUACCCAUCCAUCUGUCUAUCUACCAGUCAGUCAGUCAGUCAGUCAGCCAGCCAGCCAGCCAGCCAGUAAACCAGUUAGUCAGUCAGUCAGUCAGCCAGCCAGUUAGCCCCUCAGUCUGUCAGUCAAUCAGUCAAUCAAGGAACUGUAUCUUUAUUUUGGUAAAUAUUCAAUAGAUAAACAAAAAUUGUGUCAUUGUUCAUGUAGGCUUAAAGUCAAUAUGGAGAUAGAAAUGACUUUUGUUGUCAGUCAGCCAGUCCAUCUGCCCAUCCAUCUGUCCAUCUGCCAGUCAGACAGUCAGUGAGCCAGUCAGCCAAUAAAUCAGUCAAAUGAAUAAAGGGGGUAAGUUUCUAAAGAAACUAUGGUGCUGCAUCAGUGGGAGAGUAUAGCAGGUAAUUUAGUGUGAACAUCUGAGUUGAAAAAAGAGUUAAAAGGCUGACUUUUCGAGCUUUAGCCCUUUGUCAGAGCAAUGAAGGGCUAAUGCUCAAAACGUUAGCUUUUCUCUGACAAAGGGCUAAUGCUCAAAACGUCAGCCUUUAAGCUCUUUACGGUGGCCAAUUUAUGUUUUCAACUGAGUUGUUAACACUAAAUUACUCAGUAAAUCAGUCAGUUAGUCAGUCAGUUAGUCAGCCACUCAGUCAGUCAGCCAGCCAGUCAGCCCCUCAGUCAGUCAAUCAGUCAGUCAAUCAGUUCAUCUGCUGGUCAGCAAGUCAAAAUUAUUUGUUUUUUUCUUUUUUGGGAACAGUCAGUAGAUCUUAACCAUUUUAUGUGUUCUCCAGGCAAGAAGUUAUAUAGCAUCAAUGCCAAAAUAUGAAAAGAGACCAUUUACAGAGGUUUUUGUUCAUGCCAACCCACAAGGUACGUAUAUGCAUGUAUUGACUCUUUUAUUGCAAAUAAAGUAAAUGUUACCAUAAUGUACAUUUAGGAGGCAUUACUUUUGAUAGUUAUGAUGUCCAUGGUCAACUGAAGAUCAAGCAAAAUCAGGUUGAAAGGUUUAUGGAGGUUUAUGCAAUUUUUUUUACGAACAAACUAAAAUACUGUUAGGCCAAACAUAUGUGUAGAGUAGUUGAUAUUCACACUUGUUUGUUGUUGGGCCCAGUGUUUCAAAGCAACUUAGCAUGCUUUUGUAGGUUAGCAUUUGACUCAGGAAAAAUUGCUUCUUGAUCAAAAUAUAUCAUGGUUUUGACAGGAAAAUUAAUAUCUUCAUUGUAAGGAAUCAAGUUUUAAGAUUUUUGGGCAAACUUGUGAAGGCAGAGGUGAACUUGUUUUAUUUUGGGGGGCAAAAUUGCAAAGGCAACUGGGGGCAAACAUGCAUUAGGGAAAAACUUCUAGAGACCAAGUGUUCAAUGGGGUUUGGGCAAUGCCUCUCUCCCCCCCAGGGGAGUGAGGGGUGUUAGUAUUAAUGAUGACUGGGGAAAUGGGCUUCUUGAAAUGGACUUGCACCCUGGGAGUCUUUUUGUUAUUUGGCCCACUGGGUGUGUCAUCCUACAUGAUUUGGGACUCCUGUUUCUGUGGAUGUCAUCGUCACUGCCAGAAUUAUCAGAAAACUUUGUUGUCAAACUUUCACCUAACAUACAAAACAAGCUAAAGAUUUUUCCCUUAUUAAGGGAAGCACAGAUAAUUUUCAGGUGAGGUUCGGAUUCAGGCAAGUCACAUGCAGGAGGAAGAGCACGAAAACGACACUUCCCUCUUGCAUUCAUUUGCCUGAAAAUGCACGAAAUGAUGCAACUCUGUAAGCUUUGAAACAUUAUAUUUGUGGCCUUAUUCAGCUGUAGAUCUAUUGGAACGGAUGCUGAACCUUGAUACAGACGUAAGAAUCACAGCAGAACAAGCACUUGCACAUCCUUACGUGGCUACUUAUGCAGAUGCAGACGACGAGGUAACCCUCAGGUGGACAUAAAAAUUUUAAAACAUAUGUCAGAUUUUCUGUGCUCCUUGGGAGAGUUUACUGAAAAUAAUCGAAUUUGGUUGAAGGUUACACAUAGCUCAUAACCUAAGCGUUUUUCAUUGGUAUAUAACUACUGACUCUUGUAAUUCCCAGUCCCCUUAGACUUUUAAUUUUAAAGUCAAAUGUAAGAUUGUCGUAUUUUUUAAAUAUUUAAAGUAUACUUGUAAAUUCACAUGUAUUUCACCACUGGGGUGCUAUUUUUGAAUACUUUUAAUAAACCCUUUAUUAAUUAUAUUAGCUGAAUAAGAGGUUGAGUUUCUAAAGAAACUGUGGCGCUGCGUUGGUGGGAGAGUCUAACAGGGAAAUUUGAAUUUGUUAACUGAGUCAAACCGGCAAUCUUAAUCCCUAUGGUGAGAAGCACUCAAUAUGGUAGUAGUCUAUGUUUCUGACCCCAGCCGUUGUUAAGUGUGGUAUAUCUGGAAGCAGGGUGUCCUCAAGCCAAGAGCCAUCGAGAGUGAUGUACUAGGGGAAGAUUUCUCUCUUUUCCUUAACAGCCAACGUGUGAGCCAUUUGAUGAAGUACAGUUCGAAGCCAAGGAUUGGCCAAUAGAUAAAUGGAGAGGUAUUAAACACUUUACCACCGAGUUCAUUAUUUUAAGUCAUUCUGUGAAAGAUGCGAAGUCACCCUAUUCGCAAGAGAAACCAAAAAAAACAGUUCAGGAAGAUAGUACAAUAUCGAAAAUGGAAAUAAUAAAGAAAACGGAACGAAGAUAG